AUGGUUGUUAAAAGUCUUAGCACAACGACUGGUGUGCCUGAAUCGGUCCUUCGUUUACUUUUCACAAUUAUAUUAUCUUAUCCGGUCUCUCUCCUUUACCGUUUUACACUUCUUCGUCCUUUGAAAACAAAAUGGGCACCCUUCAUUCGCAACCUUUACGUUGUUGUCACUGGUCUCGCGCUUUCUUAUUUUCAUAACGGUUCUGGUAUCAAACACACUCUAAUAGCUACCAUUGUUACAUGGCUCUUUUGUUGGAUUGGGAAUAUUGUCGGAAAUCGGUCCCUUUUCGCUAUUGCCGCCUUCCUUUUUAACAUUACUUACCUUACCGUGGGUUAUUAUGUAGUUCAAACUGGUGAUUAUGGUAUCGAUUGGACUAUGACCCAAUGUGUUCUUUGUUUAAGAAUGAUUGGGUUCUCUAUGGACUUUAUGGAUGGUGAAAAAUUGUUAAAAUCUAAAUCUAAAUCUUCUGUGGCGAACAUCCAUUCAAAAAAUUUUAUUUCAUCCGGUCCACAAAAAGUUGAAAUUUCAACUACGC